ACACAAGCUGCUGAUAGCAGUUGUUCUGCCGUCAGGGCGUGGACUCUCCCUAGAAAAGGCGCCUGUUUCACGGGGAGGGAGAGAGCGGUACUCAGAACGCAGCCUGGGCACAGCUCCCGGCUCUCUCUCAGCACAGCCCGUCCGGCGCUUGGCUAGUGCCUGGCUCCUCCCUCGGUCUCUAAUCCGAGCAACGUUUGCCUCUGGCCGCGCCUCUGCUAACACUGCUGAACUGGCACCCACACAACCAGAGGCAGCCCCAGAGCUAGAUUCACUUGCCGCUGAUGGAGAAUGCAAAUCACAUGGAGAAUGGAAGGUCCACCUGCAACAUCACAGAGCCUUGUUCCUCCACGACCAAGACUGAUGGUGUCAUCGAGGGAUCCCCAGAGAACCCGACAACGGGCACUGUUACCGCAGGAUCUCCCUCCCUGAACUUGGGAAGCAGCAUUGCUGGACUCCUGAUUCAUUCAACCAAUGAGAAGAUGAGCAUCUACCAGGCCUUCAGGAAGAAUUUACUGCCACCAGGUGCAGCUCUGCUUCUGCUGGAGGCCCAAGCUGCCACCGGCUUUCUCAUCGACCCAGUGACAGAGCAGAAACUGCCUGUUGAUGAGGCUCUGCAGGCCGGGGUCAUCGGUCCUGAUGUGUACAAUAAACUGCUGUCUGCUGAAAAGGCAGUGUCAGGUUACAGGGAUCCCACCACAGGGAACACCAUCUCCCUCUUCCAAGCCAUGAAGGAGGAGCUGGUUGUGAGUUCCCAUGGCAUCCGUCUACUGGAAGCUCAGCUGGCAACAGGUGGAAUCAUCGAUCCGACCUCUGGCCAGCGGAUUUCUGUGGAAGUUGCCUACCAGAGAGGAAUGUUUGAUCAGGAGAUGAACAAGAUUCUCUCUGACCCCAGUGACGACACCAGGGGGUUUUUUGACCCUAACACCCAGGAGAACCUGAGCUAUCUGGAGCUGAAGCAACGAUGUGUGACAGAGUCCAGCUCUGGACUCUGCCUUCUGAUCAUCACAGAUAAGGUGGUGAAAGGAAUCCAAAUUUCCACCGAUGAACAAACCAAGAGCAUCUUUCGAAAGACUUUAAUGUCAGUGAAAGCCGGCAGGUUCAGAGGGCGAAAGGUGACAUUAUGGGAAGUCAUCAAUUCAGAAUAUUUCACUGCUGAUCAAAUCAGUGAGUUUAUCAAAGAUUUCAAAUCAGGCAAAACCACAGUCGAGAAAAUCAUCACAGUUGUCACAACAACCAUUGAACAAACAGAGAGGGAGAAGAAGGUAGCCACCUUUCAUGGCCUGAGACGAAAGGUGACUGCCCAGGAACUGCUGGAAUCCAAGGUCAUUGAUCAGAAUCUCUACAACAAACUGGAGCAAGGGAUCACCACGGUAAAAGACGUUACUGAACUCCAGUCUGUAGGUCAGUAUCUAACAGGGACAUGUAGCAUCGCUGGGGUCCUUGUGGAGUCAACCAAUGAGAAGCUGAGCAUCUACCAGGCCAUGAGAAAGCGUCUGCUGAUGCCUGGAACAGCCUUGGUCCUGUUGGAAGCUCAGGCCGCAACUGGCUUUGUCAUUGACCCAGUCAAGAAUGUGAAGCUCACGGUUGACGAGGCAGUUCAGAGCGGACUUGUUGGCAAAGAGUUCCACGAGAAGCUGCUGUCUGCAGAAAGGGCAGUCACUGGUUACAAGGACCCCUACACGGGCAAUGUGAUCUCCUUGUUCCAGGCUCUGAAGAAGGAGCUGAUUGUCCACGACCAUGGGAUUCGCCUCCUGGAGGCACAGAUUGCCACAGGAGGCAUCAUUGACCCAGUGCACAGCCAUCGCCUGCCUGUCGACGUGGCGUACAAGAGAGGGAUGUUUGAUGAGCAGAUGAACAAGAUUCUCUCUGAUGCUGGUGAUGACACCAAGGGAUUCUUCGACCCCAACACUAAAGAGAACCUGACCUACCUUCAGCUGAAACAGAGAUGUGUGAACGAGCAAGAGACUGGGCUCUGCCUGUUGUGUUUGAGAGACCUGCACUACAUAGAUAAGCAGACAGAAAUGGUUUUCAAACAGACCAGCUUCUCCAUUACUCUGGGCAAAUUUCAGGGUCGGUCCCUGACAGUCUGGGAAUUUCUCAACUCUGAAUAUGUCACAGAUAGAAAGAGAAGAGAGAUUAUGCAACAGUACAGUUCCCACUCGCUAACAAUCCAACAGAUCAUUACCAUCUUUACCGGCAUCAUUGAGGAGAAGGAAAGGACAUCUAGCUGCACUAUUACUGUUGAUGGCUUGCGAAAGAAAGUUCCCAUUCAGGAACUUGUGAACUCCCAGGUUAUUGGGAGUGAUACAUUCAAAGAAUUACAGGAAGGCAAGACCACAGUGCAAGAGCUUCUUCAGACGGACUCAGUGAUGAGGUACCUGCAAGGUUCCAGCAGCAUUGCAGGCAUACUUCUGGAAAAUUCCAGUGAGAAGCUGAGCAUCUACCAGGCCAUGAAGAAGCGUCUGCUGAAGCCUGGAACAGCCUUGGUCCUGUUGGAAGCUCAGGCCGCGACUGGCUUUGUCAUUGACCCAGUCAAGAAUGUGAAGUUCACGGUUGACGAGGCAGUUCAGAGCGGACUUGUUGGCAAAGAGUUCCACGAGAAGCUGCUGUCUGCAGAAAGGGCAGUCACUGGUUACAAAGACCCCUACACGGGCAAUGUGAUCUCCUUGUUCCAGGCUCUGAAGAAGGACCUGAUUGUCCACAACCAUGGGAUUCGCCUCCUGGAGGCACAGAUUGCCACAGGAGGCAUCAUUGACCCAGUGCACAGCCAUCGCCUGCCUGUCGACAUGGCGUACAAGAGAGGGAUGUUUGAUGAGCAGAUGAACAAGAUUCUCUCUGAUGCUGGUGAUGACACCAAGGGAUUCUUUGACCCCAACACUAAGGAGAACCUGACCUACCUUCAGCUGAAACAGAGAUGUGUGAACGAGCAAGAGACUGGGCUGUGCUUGCUGAGGAUAUCAGAUGGAAGUGUGAAGAAUCGCCAGGGAUACAGCAUUGCAGAAGCACAGAGCACAUUUCAGCAGGAGACCAUACAUGUCUCAUGUGGCAGGUUCAAGGGUAGGUCUGUCUCAAUCUGGGAAAUCAUCCACUCUGAGUAUUUCACUGAGGAGAAGAGGAAGGAGCUGAUCGAGAAGUACAGGUUGAAGGAGGUCGACAUGAAGACCAUCAUCACAAGGAUCACCACCACCAUUGAGCAAACUGAAAGCCAGACCCACCCUUCAAGUCCCUCCAUCGCUCUUUCAUGUCAGGCUCCCCUGGCUUACACUGCAGAAGAGACUGAAGCCGCCUUUCGAAAGACAACCAUCAGCUUCACAAUCUGGAGUCUGCUUCAUUCCAAGCUCUUCACUGAAGAGGAACGAAGAUCAUUGAUAGAGAAAUACAGCCGGAAGGAGAUUGACAUGGAAACCGUGAUCAGAACCAUUACCAGAAUGAUCGAGCAGACUCAAUGCCUGGUGGACACCUCAAUCACCUUCUCCGGCCUCCGAGCAGACAUCUCUCUGGAGGAACUGGUGGAGUCAGAAAUCAUCGAUCAAAAGACAUUGCUGGAUCUGCAGCAGGGGAAGAAGACUGUGCAAGAUGUGAGUGAGCUGGACUCAGUGAAGGUCUAUCUCAGGGGAUCAGAUAGCAUCGCUGGGGUCCUUGUGGAGUCAACCAAUGAGAAGCUGAGCAUCUACCAGGCCAUGAAGAAGCGUCUGCUGAAGCCUGGAACAGCCUUGGUCCUGUUGGAAGCUCAGGCCGCGACUGGCUUUGUCAUUGACCCAGUCAAGAAUGUGAAGCUCACGGUUGACGAGGCAGUUCAGAGCGGACUUGUCGGCAAAGAGUUCCACGAGAAGCUGCUGUCUGCAGAAAGGGCAGUCACUGGUUACAAAGACCCCUACACGGGCAAUGUGAUCUCCUUGUUCCAGGCUCUGAAGAAGGAGCUGAUUGUCCACGACCAUGGGAUUCGCCUCCUGGAGGCACAGAUUGCCACAGGAGGCAUCAUUGACCCAGUGCACAGCCAUCGCCUGCCUGUCGACGUGGCGUACAAGAGAGGGAUGUUUGAUGAGCAGAUGAACAAGGUCCUCUCUGAUGCUGGUGAUGACACCAAGGGAUUCUUUGACCCCAACACUAAGGAGAACCUGACCUACCUUCAGCUGAAACAGAGAUGUGUGAACGAGCAAGAGACUGGGCUGUGCUUGCUGAAGAUAUCAGAUGGAAGUGUGAAGAAUCGCCAGGGAUACAGCAUUGCAGAAGCACAGAGCACAUUUCAGCAGGAGACCAUACAUGUCUCAUGUGGCAGGUUCAAGGGUAAGUCUGUCUCAAUCUGGGAAAUCAUCCACUCUGAGUAUUUCACCAAGGAGAAGAGGAAGGAGCUGAUCGAGAAGUACAGGUUGAAGGAGGUCGACAUGAAGACCAUCAUCACAAGGAUCACCACCACCAUUGAGCAAACUGAAAGCCAGACCCACCCUUCAAGUCCCUCCAUCGCUCUUCCAUGUCAGGCUCCCCUGGAUUACACUGCAGAAGAGACUGAAGCCGCCUUUCGAAAGACCACCAUCAGCUUCACAAUCUGGAGUCUGCUUCAUUCCAAGCUCCUCACUGAAGAGGAACGAAGAUCAUUGAUAGAGAAGUACAGCCGGAAGGAGAUUGACGUGGAAACCAUGAUCAGAACCAUCACCAGAAUGAUCGAGCAGACUCAGUGCCUGGUGGACACCUCAAUCACCUUCUCCGGCCUCCGAGCAGACAUCUCUCUGGAGGAACUGGUGGAGUCAGAAAUCAUCGAUCAAAAGACAUUGCUGGAUCUGCAGCAGGGGAAGAAGACUGUGCAAGAUGUGAGUGAGCUGGACUCAGUGAAGGUCUAUCUCAGGGGAUCAGAUAGCAUCGCUGGGGUCCUUGUGGAGUCAACCAAUGAGAAGCUGAGCAUCUACCAGGCCAUGAAGAAGCAUCUGCUGAAGCCUGGAACAGCCUUGGUCCUGUUGGAAGCUCAGGCCGCGACUGGCUUUGUCAUUGACCCAGUCAAGAAUGUGAAGCUCACGGUUGACGAGGCAGUUCAGAGUGGACUUGUCGGCAAAGAGUUCCACGAGAAGCUGCUGUCUGCAGAAAGGGCAGUCACUGGUUACAAAGACCCCUACACGGGCAAUGUGAUCUCCUUGUUCCAGGCUCUGAAGAAGGAGCUGAUUGUCCACGACCAUGGGAUUCGCCUACUGGAGGCACAGAUUGCCACAGGAGGCAUCAUUGACCCAGUGCACAGCCAUCGCCUGCCUGUCGACGUGGCGUACAAGAGAGGGAUGUUUGAUGAGCAGAUGAACAAGAUUCUCUCUGAUGCUGGUGAUGACACCAAGGGAUUCUUCGACCCCAACACUAAAGAGAACCUGACCUACCUUCAGCUGAAACAGAGAUGUGUGAACGAGCAAGAGACUGGGCUGUGCUUGCUGAAGAUAUCAGAUGGAAGUGUGAAGAAUCGCCAGGGAUACAGCAUUGCAGAAACACAGAGCACAUUUCAGCAGGAGACCAUACACGUCUCAUGUGGCAGGUUCAAGGGUAGGUCUGUCUCAAUCUGGGAAAUCAUCCACUCUGAGUAUUUCACCGAGGAGAAGAGGAAGGAGCUGAUCGAGAAGUACAGGUUGAAGGAGGUCGACAUGAAGACCAUCAUCACAAGGAUCACCACCACCAUUGAGCAAACUGAAAGCCAGACCCACCCUUCAAGUCCCUCCAUCGCUCUUCCAUGUCAGGCUCCCCUGGAUUACACUGCAGAAGAGACUGAAGCCGCCUUUCGAAAGACCACCAUCAGCUUCACAAUCUGGAGUCUGCUUCAUUCCAAGCUCUUCACUGAAGAGGAACGAAGAUCAUUGAUAGAGAAAUACAGCCGGAAGGAGAUUGACAUGGAAACCGUGAUCAGAACCAUUACCAGAAUGAUCGAGCAGACUCAAUGCCUGGUGGACACCUCAAUCACCUUCUCCGGCCUCCGAGCAGACAUCUCUCUGGAGGAACUGGUGGAGUCAGAAAUCAUCGAUCAAAAGACAUUGCUGGAUCUGCAGCAGGGGAAGAAGACUGUGCAAGAUGUGAGUGAGCUGGACUCAGUGAAGGUCUAUCUCAGGGGAUCAGAUAGCAUCGCUGGGGUCCUUGUGGAGUCAACCAAUGAGAAGCUGAGCAUCUACCAGGCCAUGAAGAAGCAUCUGCUGAUGCCUGGAACAGCCUUGGUCCUGUUGGAAGCUCAGGCCGCGACUGGCUUUGUCAUUGACCCAGUCAAGAAUGUGAAGCUCACGGUUGACGAGGCAGUUCAGAGCGGACUUGUCGGCAAAGAGUUCCACGAGAAGCUGCUGUCUGCAGAAAGGGCAGUCACUGGUUACAAAGACCCCUACACGGGCAAUGUGAUCUCCUUGUUCCAGGCUCUGAAGAAGGAGCUGAUUGUCCAUGACCAUGGGAUUCGCCUCCUGGAGGCACAGAUUGCCACAGGAGGCAUCAUUGACCCAGUGCACAGCCAUCGCCUGCCUGUCGACGUGGCGUACAGGAGAGGGAUGUUUGAUGAGCAGAUGAACAAGGUUCUCUCUGAUGCUGGUGAUGACACCAAGGGAUUCUUCGACCCCAACACUAAGGAGAACCUGACCUACCUUCAGCUGAAACAGAGAUGUGCCAAAGAUCCUGUGACUGAUCUGUAUUUCUUGUUGCUGAGAAAAUAAAUGGGUUG